GGCGCAGGAGUUCAUCCACAUCUCUCUCUUUCUCUUUCUAGAAAUGGCUGCCUCAAAGCAAGUCUCGAUGCCGCCGGCGCUGCUGCUCCUGUUGCUGCCGCUGUUGGUGCAGGCCAACUUCAAGGGACCUUACAAGGGUGGAGAGUGGAAGUCGGCCCAUGCCACAUUCUAUGGUCAUAAUGAUGGCUCGGGAACUAUUGAGGGGGCAUGCGGGUAUGGAGAACCGCACAAGCAGAGCUACGGCCUGCAAACUGCUGCAUUGAGCGAAGCGAUAUUCAAUUCGGGGUUCAGCUGCGGGCAGUGCUACGAGAUCAAGUGCGUGAACGACGACCAGUGGUGCAAGCCGGGGAACCCUUCCCUGUUCAUCACCGGCACCAACCUCUGCCCUCCCAACCCUUCCCUCCCCAACGACAAUGGCGGUUGGUGCAACCAUCCCCGUGAACAUUUCGAUCUGUCCAUGCCUGCGUUUGCCACCAUUGCAGAAUUCAAGGCCGGCAUCAUCCCUAUCGCAUACCGCAGGGUUCCAUGCAAGAGACAAGGGGGGAUCAAAUUUACCAUAAACGGCCACCAAUACUUCACCCUGGUCCUCGUUUGGAACGUCGCCGGCGCCGGCGACGUCACCAGUGUGAAGAUCAAAGGAGACAAGACGGGGUGGACGAACAUGAAGAAGAACUGGGGCCAGAACUGGGAAACUGAUGUCGAUUUCACCGGUCAGUCCCUCAGUUUCAGGGUCACUACCAGCGACAGCAGGACCUCAACCUCCUGGCACGUUGUUCCUCGAGACUGGCAGUAUGGCCAAACCUUUGAAGGCAAGAAUUUUAACUCCUGAUUCUGGCCGGAAAUCAAUGUCUGCCAUAUUAGCUCUCUCUCUCUCUCUCUGUGUGUGUGUGAAAUCAGCCUAGGGUGUCAUAGUUGGCUCCUUUUGUAGGAAGACAUGUAUUAACGUGAAUGAGAACACAGAAAGUUUUG